AUGCCUGAAAAGAAAUCUGUGGUACAGAGAGUGAAGAAGACGUUGCGUCAACGAACUCGCAGCUCCGAGAACAACAAUGCAAAAAAGAAAACGUCGAAAGGGUCGGAAACGACACCGGAGUCAAAAGUUUCUAAAGUCAAAGCAGCAUUCACAAAUAGGAAGAGAAACUCGACAUCUCUCAAUAAAUCUGUUUCGAAAGAAUGCAACACCAGUAGAAGCAGCACGUCUCGAGAAACAGAACCAAAAAGUCGAAUGAGCUCAGUGCUCAGUUCAGUGGAUAUGGAAGAAGAUGCAGAACCAGUGGUGGCUCCAUCGACGAUUGAUUUGAUGGCAGAGAUCAAAAAAGAAGAAAUUAGAGAAGCGAAUGAGUUGAAGGAGAAGAAACAUGAUGAUGGAAAAAAGAAAAUGGAUGAUAAGAAAGAGGAAAAGAAGGAAGAAAAGAAAGAAGAGAAAAAGGUUGAAGAACGUAAGGAAGAGAAAAAAGAAGAUCGUAAGGAAGAAAAGAAAGAGGAAAAGAAAGAUGAGAAGCGAGACGAAACGAAAGAAGAGCACACUAGGAUUAAUAUGGAUGAGACUGUUCUACUAGAUGCGAUUCCAACUUCACCACCACCUCCUACAACACCAAAAGCACCAACUAAACGACCAAAAAUGUGGCUUGGGAUGCCUGCGGCCCUCAACUUUUUCAAUAAUAACAAGGAUAUCAAAAAGAUCCGCUCCGAAUUCGAGUUUCUCGAUUCACUGAUCUGCAACAAAACCACUGAGGCGUUUGAUGCCAAUAUUACGAGAAAUCGACACGGGUCCCCAAAAAUCUACGAUGAAAACCGUGUCAUUCUGAACCGCCCUGGACACGAUGACGUCAAUUACAUCAACGCCAGUCGCAUCACUUUGAAGGAUUUCAAUCACAAAAUAAUCGUCGCCCAGUUGCCUCAAUUUGAAAAUGAUAGUUUUGUGGAAGAUUUCUGGCACAUGAUCUAUCAAGAACAGAUCACUCUGGUCUAUUUAAUGGUUCCAGACAAAUCACUCAAAAACACGCCAACUUCUUUUUUCCGUCCAAAUUUUGGUGAAUAUCAAUACAUUGGGAGAAUGUUCAUCAACAAUCGGAGAACAGAAGUUUCUGGAGAUCCAAAAGAAUAUACGAUUGAAGUGUUGCCAGAGGGAAAUUCAGAUUCUGUAAUGUGCCAAGUUCAUCAUCAUGCAUCAUGGGAAAAUCGGCAACAAGCACCAAAGACAAGACCGAUUAUCAAGAUGAUUCAUCAGUUCCUGACCGAGAAACAGAUUCAAAAUCCCGGUGUCUGUGUUGUCAGCGUUUUUGGGUGUGGACGUGCUUGUAGUUUUAUUGGGGUUCUCUACGCAAUUAAUCAACUGAACAAUGGGAUUGAGCCAAAUGUGCAAAAACUCAAACUCCCAUGUUUUUCUUUAUUUCCAACUUUCCAGAUCUGUGAAAUAAUGAGAGACAUCAAACAACAACGUCCCAGUGCGACCGAAUCCUUUUCACAAUAUGCGGGUAUAUAUGCUGUGGUUCUGGAUUACAUUGCUCGCAAACGUGGCAGCAAGAAGGAUCCCAUCAAUAAAGAAAUAAAUCAUUUCAUCAAUGAACUGAUUGAUAUCACACCUGCAUCUUCGCCUAGUAGAACAAAACCAAGUUAUUCGAACAUUUAA